UGGGGAGCCCCUAACACAACAUCAAUAUCAUGUUCCCUUGCUGAUGUAAUGAGUGAACAGCUGGCGAAAGAGCUGCAGCUGGAAGAAGAAAAUGCUGCUUUUCCUGAAGUGGUUGCUGCUGCUGAAGGACCGUUUAUUACAGGAGAAGAUAUUGACACUUCUAGUGACCUAAUGCUAGCUCAGAUGCUGCAGAUGGAAUUUGACAGGGAAUAUGAUGCACAGCUUCGGCGUGAAGAGAAGAAGAUCAAUGGAGAUAGCAAAGUCUCCAUAUCCUUUGAAAAUUAUCGGAAGGUGCAUCCCUAUGACAGUGACAGCUCGGAGGAUGAGGUUGAUUGGCAGGAUACCCGUCAUGAUCCUUACAGAGCAGAUAAACCUACUACUACACCGAGAAAGGGCUUUAUAGGGAAAGGAAAAGACAUUACUACUAAGCACGAUGAAGUGGUAUGUGGAAGAAAGAACACUGCUCGCAUGGAAAAUUUUGCACCUGAAUUCCAAGUUGGGGAUGGAAUUGGGAUGGACUUAAAGCUGUCAAAUCAAGUCUUCAAUGCCUUAAAGCAACACGCGUACUCUGAGGAACGUCGAAGUGCGAGGCUCCAUGAAAAGAAAGAGCACUCCACUGCUGAGAAAGCAGUGGAUCCUAAAACACGUUUACUUCUGUACAAGAUGGUCAAUGCUGGGAUGCUGGAGACCAUCACAGGCUGCAUCAGCACAGGAAAAGAAUCUGUUGUUUUUCAUGCGUAUGGAGGAAAUGCAGCUGAAGAUAAAGUUAUACCUCCCGAAUGUGCCAUCAAAGUGUUUAAAACUACUCUUAAUGAAUUCAAGAACCGUGACAAAUACAUUAAGGAUGACUACAGAUUUAAAGACCGCUUCAGUAAAUUGAAUCCACGAAAGAUUAUUCGUAUGUGGGCUGAGAAAGAAAUGCAUAACUUAACAAGAAUGCAACAUGCAGGAAUUCCUUGUCCUCAAGUGGUUAUUCUUAAGAAACACGUCUUGGUUAUGUCUUUCAUUGGCCAGGAUCAAGUCCCAGCUCCUAAACUAAAGGAUGUAACACUUAAUAGUGAAGACAUGAAAAAGGCCUACUAUCAGAUUCUGAAUAUGAUGCAACAGUUGUAUAAGGAAUGCAACCUGGUCCAUGCAGAUCUGAGUGAAUACAACAUGCUUUGGCAUGAUGGGAAGGUCUGGCUUAUUGAUGUCAGUCAGUCUGUGGAGCCAACCCAUCCUCAUGGACUUGAGUUUUUGUUCAGAGACUGUAGGAAUGUUUCACAGUUCUUCCAGAAAGGAGGUGUGGCGGAAGCACUUAACGAGCGUGAACUCUUCAAUGCUGUCUCGGGCUUAACGAUUACAGCUGACAAUGAAGUGGACUUCCAAGCAGAGAUUGAAGCUUUGGAGAAGAUGAAUGAAGAUCACGUGCAGAAUCAUGGAAAGAAACUGUCCAUGUUUUCAAGCGAUGGAGACCCACCUAUAUGUGAUGAAUAGCACUGAGUGU